AUGUACCACCUAACUUUCGCGAUACUCGCCGCCAUGCACUUUUCCAUUGAACGCACACCACGGCUCACCACAUCUUCAGCCCGUUCCCAACUCAGCUCAGAGCUCAAGCCCUCUGCAUCACACAUCAUGUCCAACCCCGUACCAACUUCCUCCGCCCACAUCACCUGCCUCUGUGGGCAAAUUUCGCUCCCAGGCACCUCACUCGCCAAUCCCACCUUUCCCCUCCCAUCAACAAUCUGCCACUGCAAUCCUUGCCGUUACACUUCCGGCGGACUACUACCGGCGUUCGCAUCACUGAAGAGCGCUCCUUGCCCGGAAAUUCAAGCAAAGUUGGGGAAAUACCAGUUUACGCCAUCGUGUGUCCGCUACUUCUGUGAAAAAUGCGGAUGUCAGUGUUUCGUGGAGCAUCCGCAGGCGGCAGAAGAGGAGUGGUUUUGCACGACGGGGAUGGUUGAGGUUAGUGAGAAGGAUGGUGAAAACGCGGAGGGGGUGAAAGAUGUAGUGCAGCUCGUGGGACACAUGUACAUCGACGACCUACGCGACGGCGGCGUCAUCUCUGUCUUCCUACCAAUCACAGGCGCCAGCGCUUCAGAACCGGAACUCUACGCCGCGAAAUACAGGACACGCAAACUCAAUCCCAUGGACCUCGACAGCAUCGCCCUGGCAUCAGGCCAGCACCCCCCGCCAGGACCGGAGGAGCAGUUAGAAGCGAGAUGUCACUGCGGCGGCGUGGAUUUACGAAUCAAGCGGGCGGAGUACGACGACGAGCCCGAGAGGGUGGGCAGCUUGAUGACAAAGGACGAUCCGCACAGGUAUCUCGCGCGCUUCUGUGCGUGUCGCUCGUGUCGGCUGUCGAUGGGCUUCUCGUUGUGUCCGUGGACGUACGUCGCGCUUUCUUCGGUCAUCAAUGCGAAGACGUCGCAACCUGUAGUCUUUGGCGCCGAUGCAGAGAAAGAGGGCGCAAAUGAAGGACUGAGGCUCCAACACCAUCACAGCAGAGACGACGUGUGGCGGAGUUUCUGCGGCGGGUGCGGGGCGAGCGUAUUUUACUAUAGUAGUGAUGAGUCGAGGAGCAAUGUGGUUGAUAUCGCUGUUGGAAUACUCCGAGCGAAGAGUGGGAGUCUGGCGAGGGAGUGGGUUAGGUGGGCGGACGGGGAGGAAGGUGCAGUGGUGAGGGCUUCGACAUUGGAAGAUACCAUUGGCUCUUGGCACAGAAUCGAUGUUUACAAUUCCAUGAUUCUCGCAUAUGUCGAUCUUUUCGGCAGUGGUGCUGGCAAUGAGGCACAAUGGAUCCGGCUUCUUAUCCAAUGUUUGAUACCCAGAGCGGUGUACCUCGAUUGGCAUAUCCCAACGCAGCCUCCUAUGAUUUCCAGCACCAAUGAUCAAGAGCGAGAAGGCAGAGAGUUACCAAACCGCAACAGUGACGAUUUGUGUGCUUUUUCAGGAUGCCACAGAUUUGGCACGAACGUUAUGAGUUUCUUGCACAUAAAGAGUAGCUCGGCGGUCCGGACACCGGACGGAGGGGCCUUGAGUUUAUCCCUCGAACGGGCUUCUUCGAGCAAAUCACCAGAAAGUACUGGAUUCACCGUUCCUAGUAGCGAAUCUCAACCGGACGAUGAUUUGUCAGCGAGGGUUCCUCUGGGAAGGUCUCUAGCGAACGUGCUCAACACUGACCUGGACCGAAUAGAGAGCAGCACAGUACGUGAAGUGGAAGAGCUAGAUGAUUCAACGGGUGAGGAAUACAAACCGCGCAAAUGGACGCGCGUAUCUUCACGCGCCGGAGGCCUCAACAUUUUGUCACCGACAUUGAGCUCAGACUUUAAUUACCGAACCCCUGCCAUGAACAACUGUCGAUGUCGCCGUGGACCAAACCCGUACUUCCGUCUCCGUUGCGAACCAACUCCGUCAAAUAAUAUAGAUACCACUCUUGGUAUACAGCAGCGUACUGAGAAAUGUGCGUACCACAUUGUGGCUGAGAACUAUGGCUCUGAGCACUUCACCUCAGGCAGGUCUUCUUCUGGACUGGCACUUACCGCAAACAGCCACGCUCUACCUAGGCCCGCUUAA